UUCGUCCAAGUAGUCUUCGUACUCGGUACUCACCAGUCAGUGAUCGCAUUCCGUUGGACGAGUGUACGACGUCUUGUGACCGACCGACGCUUCGGAUAUUUUAAAUGUUGUUAUUUAUGUUUUAAGCUUAAUUAUCGUUUUACAUAAUAAUUAAAUUGUGUUACGUGGUCAGUGUCAUCGCUGUGUUUUGUUGUUUACGUAAUAUUUAGAAAUCGUAAAAUACUUAAUCGGUGUUGGUAUUACUUGAAAAUCCGUUGGCGACUUGUACAACCAUAUACAUUCUAUACCGUAGUGUGUCGAGUGCUGUCAUUAUUUUAUAGACAAACCAUUUUUACGUUUUAUAUGACUUACAAUUCUAAAUCAUUAUUUCCUAAUGAGGAUACUUUCGAUUAAAAGUGAUGCGGUGGAGAUAUGGUCGACCACGUUGUACUGGACUUGUACGUGAGGACCACUUUUCAAGAUGCACAGGUCGCACGUAGGCAAAUUGAAAAGGGCAAAGCGGUGGGACGUCUGUGCGCUGUGCGGUUCAGAGCUUGGGAACAAAAGUGUUUGGAGCGACUGGGUAGAUCUAUCCAUCGUAAAACACAUGUGUUCUUCCUCCCCCUAUUGUUGGGCCUCGGAGUUCUGUUGGCCGGAUUUAAAGCCUUCGACAGAAACACUCAAUUCGACCAACUAUGGGUGGAAUCGGGAGGUCGUUUGGAAACAGAAUUGCGUUAUUCGGAAUCGGCAUUGGGAGAGACGGAAAGUGUCAUCCAUUUGUUGGUCACGCAAACCGCCAAAGAAGCUACUUCACCGGAAGUUCCCCAGCAACGACUCCUCCAUAGAAAAGCCUUACUCGCUCACCUGCAGCUGCUCAAAGCGGCUUCACAUGUCACCGUCAAUCUGUUUGACGUGACAUGGAGUCUCAAAGACAUCUGUGUGUCGCCUAGCCCUCCGGACUUCGAAGUCCACUAUAUAGAUACCAUUUUUGAAAAUAUGAUGCCUUGUGAAAUAAUUACCCCCCUUGAUUGUUUCUGGGAAGGUUCUAAACUUUUGGGUCCAGAAAAUCCUGUUACAGUUCCUGGUGUCGGAAAUGGUAUAAAGUGGACCAAUUUAAAUCCUCAAAGCCUAAUGAAAUCUAUAAAAGCAAUGGGUGACACUACCUUUCCAUUUGACAUGCUAGAGACUUAUAUGAAACGAGCAGGAAUUAAUUCCGGUUACCAAGAAAAACUUUGUUUGGAUCCAGAUGACCCAGACUGCCCAGAAACAUCCCCAAACAAAAAAACAAAAAAAAUUCCUGAUAUUGGAGCUGAAUUAGCUAACGGUUGUCGAGGUUUUGCCAGUAAAUAUAUGCAUUGGCCAAAAGAAUUAAUUUUGGGUGGUAUUGUUCAAAACAAAACUGGUUACAUUCAAAAAGCUGAAGCACUUCAAUCAGUUUUACAACUAAUGGGUGAAAAAGAGUUGUAUGAGUUUUGGUCACAAAGUUAUAAGGUGUUACAUUUUUCUUGGGACCAAGAAAAAGCAGCUUUAGUUCUUAAAACGUGGCAGAAAAAGUUCAAUGAAGAAGUAAAAAAAGUGCUGAAAAGUCCUGCGAUGACGCCAUACAACUUUUUUACGUUUUCCACAAUGUUGUUAAAUGAUUUACUAAGUCAAUAUGAUUUUUUGGAUCCAAAAUUAAUUUACAUUGGUUGCUUAAUCAUGAUCUUAUAUGUUAGUGUGAUGCAAAUAAAUUUAUUUGAUGCUGUCAGAUCACAACUUAUUAUUGGCUUAUUUAGUCUGUUAUUGAUAGUAUUUUCGAUUGCAUCUGGGAUAGGAUUUUGCUGUCUUAUAGGUAUUCAAAUACAUUCCGCUACCAUUGCUGUUGCUAUUUCAAUAGCAUCUGCUUUGGGUGUAAAUAAUAUGUUUUUAUUGAUGUUCAGUUAUAAACGAGUAUCAAGUCAUGGCUUUGAUCCUGUUACUCAAAAAUAUGGUAGCCAUUUGGGAAAAAAACAAGUGGGAAUGGUAUUAAAAUCUGCAGGAACAAAUAUACUCAUGACAUCAUUGAUCACCAUUUCAACUUUUUUGACUGCAGCUGUGGUUCCAAUCCCUGCGCUUAGAGCAUUUUGCCUCCAAGUUGCUAUAUUAAUUGCAUUCAUAUUGACCACCACUUUUUUUGGUGUAACUUCACUCAUAAGCUUUGAUGUGCGUAGAAGGCGAAGUGCAAGAAUUGAUAUUUUUUGUUGUUUUCCAUCUGAAGACUUACAAUGGCCAUUUUUUAACACUAAAGAGUCACUAGGUGUAGCUAGCACUAUUGAUGAACAAAUGCGACAAUUCAGUAGAAAAACUGAUUUACCAACACCUAAAUCAUCUAAUUUCUUAUUAAAAGACUUUAGAGAUGCAAGUUCAGAUUGUGAAGAUAAUAUUACUGUAGUAGCAAAAUCACAUUGUUGCGAAUGGACAUCAAAAGAUUUAGCUCAAAAAUAUGUGCAAUACUUGACAACAAGUUCAUGUCGGAUUAGAGUGAUAUUACUGUUUAUUGUCAUUUUAGGAGUAAGCCUGUGGGGUAUUACAAAAAUACAAGCAGGUUUAACAUUACCUGAAAUGGUACCGAAUGGUACAAAUGAACAAAAGUUCUUGGGAACAUAUGGUCAGAUGUUUGGAUUCUACAACAUGUAUGCAGUAACUAGAGGUGAUUUUGAAUAUCCAACCAAUCAAAAAUUACUAUAUGAGUACCAUGAUGCUUUUAUGCGAGUUCCUAAUAUUUUGAAAAAUGAUAAUGGGGGAUUACCUCAGAUGUGGCUUACAUUAUUUAGAGAAUGGUUACUGGGAUUGCAAAAGGCAUUCAAAAAAGAUUGGGAUAAAGGAUGUAUUAGUCAAGAGGGCUGGGAAACAUGUGCAUCUGAAAAUGGAAUUCUUGGUUACAAACUUCUAGUUCAAACUGGAAAUAGUGACAACCCAAUUGAUAAAUCUCUUGUACUUACUGCACGACUAGUUGAUGAUAAUGGUAUCAUCAAUGAAGAAACAUUUUAUAAUUUAUUAACAGCGUGGGCUUCAAAUGAUAUAUUGGCUUACGGUGCAUCUCAAGCAAAUAUAAGACCUGAGCCAAGAAGAUGGACUCAUGUGGCUAAUGAUUAUGAUUUACAAAUUGUCAAAUCUUCCCCAAUAAUCUAUGCCCAGAUGCCAUUUUAUGCCAGCUAUUUGUAUGAAACGCCUGUCAUUACUAAGUUUAUAUCAACAGUAAGAGGCAUUUGCAAACAAUAUGAUGAAAAAGGACUGCCCAAUUAUCCGUCAGGCAUUCCUUUUGUUUAUUGGGAACAGUAUCAGGAGCUUCGACAAUAUUUGUGUGUAGCUAUGGCCUUUGCAUUUCUAUUUUUGUUCCUGAUUGGUGGACUAUUUUUGUGCAAUAUUCGUGCAGCUCUUAUUUCAUCAACCAUGUCAAUAAUACUUGUAUUGCAAAUAUUAGGAUUUAUGGGAUUUGCUGAUAUUAAAUUUAGUGCUAUACCUGUUGUAUUAUUAAUUGGAACUAUUGGCACUGGUGUAGCAUUUACUAUGCAUCUUUGUUUGAGUUUUGUCACAAGUAUUGGAAAUAAGCAUAGAAGAACUCACUUAUCAGUGGAUCACAUGUCUAAAAUGAUUCUUCAAUCGGCUGCAACUCUCAUCAUAGCCAUAAUAAUGUUAAUUUUUCAAAAUAAUUAUGUUUCAAGAUCAUAUUUUCUUUUACUAUCUGCUAAGACUGUUUUUGGCUUAUUUAAUGGAUUAGUUUGUUUACCUGUGUUUUUGUCUAUGUUUGGACCUCCACCAGAGAUUAAACCCUUAAAAUAUGCUGAUCGAAUUAGUACACCUUCACCUGAACCUAUAAAAAAGCGUGCUCGUUAUACUAGUGUUCGACAAUCAGUACCACCACCACCAUCAUCUAGGUCACAUCAUCAACAACCACACCACCACAAAUAUCAUCACCAACAACAAAACGUUUCAGGAACAUCAAAGUCACAUGGGUUACAUUUUGCUCACAGAGAUGGGUCAUUAUCUACCAUUGCUGAAGAAUCUGGUUCCUAUCAUUCUGCAUCUCUUGCUCAGUUAGAUAAAUCUAAAUCACAGAUUUCAUUAUCUAGGUCUCCAUCGCCAUCUAUUCAAUCUGAAUGUAGUACUGAUAGUGGAUCUGAAGUUGAUGCACCACAACAAAAAGUUUUACAGCCUUCUGUAUCCACCAAUGGAUCUAACCAAACUACUGCACCGACCAGGUGUAUUGUUACUGCUAAAUUUGAACUAGAAUUAGAUGGAAAUUUAAUGAGUGCCACGGCACAGCCACGUGUACAUAAAUCCUCUAUAUCUAAACACCAUCACAAUAAUCGUCAGUCAUCAAAAAGGCAUAAACGUCAUUAUAACAACCCUAGGUAUUAUAUUUAUUAUUAUUGACGUGUUCCUAAUCAUCUACUUUUCAAUCCAAUUGAAAUUACUUUAACAGCAUCAAUCAUUGUUUUAAUAUUACACAUUUUUUUACAUUAAAGUUUUUUUACACAAUGUAUAUUAAAUAAUUUAAAAAAUUCAAAUUUCCAAAUAUUAAAUUGAGAAAGAUUGUAGAUAUUUUUAAACAUGUGAAUCCUUUUAUCUGUGAAUUAUACUUGGGUACUCAUUGUCCUAAGAAAUCAAAUUUAAAGUUCUUUGACUUAUCUAAGAAAUAAGCAUAAAUAAAUUAUUGUAAUUUUUACAUUCAUUAACAUGUUGCACUAUGUAAACAGAUAUAUACAUACCUAUACAUUCAAUAUUCAUUUAUACAGAUAUUAAUAAAUAUAUUUUUAAGUACAAUGUCCAUUUUUUCUACCUUAUUAUAAAUUUGGACUUUUUAUAAUUUUAUUGUAAAUUUUUAACUUAAUUUAUUUUGUAUUUAUUUAAAAUGUACACAUUUUUGUAUAAAAAGUAUGUAGUUAAUAAAAUAUAACCAAAGGUUUACAAAUUAAGUGCUUUGCUGUAUAAAAACCUUCUUUAAAUUAAAUUAAAUUUCUUUUUUAUUUUA